AUGAAAAUUUCUGUGCGAAAUAUCGUUCAAUUUUCGAAGACUAAGUGUAGUUUUCCUCUCAUUUCUGCAGCAGUAGUUUGCACCAGUUUGUACUACAGUAAGUGAUAUUGUUAAAAUACUGUAUAUUUAUGUGUCAAUUUUUCGUUGUAGUCUUGUAGAUAUUUUUGAACUGUUAUAAACAGAUUUAUUAUUUGAAUUCAUGGCUAUCGAACUCGACGAGCUGGCAGAAUCUUAUUAUAUUUAGACCUAGUAUGCCAGCCCUAAGAUUAUUAAACAACAGCUAAUUUUAAUUAAGCAAAAUUUGAUUGGAAAAUUUGUAAAUAAAUUCGAGUUCAAUGCAUCGUCAUUUUAGUUUAUAUCAUGUGGGCAGAGCAGACCACUCAGUCUGAUAUGGGCAUAUUGCUCACGUGGCUAUUGGGAUAUUACUUUUUGAUAUGCAUAAUUCUCAUAGUUACUCCCCUGAUGAAAUACAUUAAUAUACACCCCUGAGGAAUACCAGGGUUGUAAACCCUUUCUCGCUGAGGAAUAUUCCAAGGUCAAAAUUGGUAUUCUGAGGAAAACUUUUAUAUAUGUAAUACCCCUGAAGAAUUCCGAGGUCAAUUAUAUUAUACUCCUAUUAAUAAAGCCCCGGUCAAAUGAGGAUGGGCCAUUCCAUUUAAUACACUAUGCACGAGAAUUUCUGAGGGGGGUUGAAAAAGCCGUUUCUGAGGGGUUGUGUGCAUCGGCAUCCUUUGAUCUUUGCAUUUUUUCUGAGGGGUACGGCAAAAAUUUCUGAGGGGGUGUUUGUGUCGGCGCUUUGAUCUUUUUUUCUUAGGGGUUCAAAUUUUAUUGACCUCGUCCAUAGGGGUGUGUGUACAUUAAAUGGAAUGGCCCGAUGAACAUUGAUGAGAAUUUGCAGUCACGCAUUGUCACAGGGGACAUUUCAAGCUCUAAAUUAACAAAAUAAAGGCUUCAUGAGUGUUCCAACUAUAUUUUAAUGUUUCAAAUAGAAUACAUGAUAGUGUUGGGAAAGCAGUGAGAACAGCUAACCAAAGUCUUGUGACUGUCAUGCACUCUCGUCAUCAUUUGAUCAGGCUUAAAGAAUCCCAUUGGUCCCCAAUAUCAACAGGCAGUGUACGGAUAUUAAAUGGAAUAGCUUUUCCUAUGAGGAUUUUUCCUAAGGGCAAGCCUGAGGCAUGCACAAGCUUUUGUUUGAAUGGGACAAUUGACCAUUUGCGUAAUAGACUAAAUUUUGAUCUAAACAAGUCUAGACAAAAAUUUCAUCAUAGCUUGAAAGAGCAUCACAAAAUUAGUAAUAUUGCAAAGUUUCGUUGCAAAAUGUUGUAAAAUGUGGAUAAUAUAGCCUUGCGAAGUUUGCAAUUUUCAAUCAUGUCAGAUUACAAACGGGAAAUUGACAGCCCCAAAGGGUAUUGAAACUUUGGAAUAUUUCUAAUUUUGUGAUGCUUUUUCAAGCUGUGAUGAAAUUUUUGUCUAGACUUGUUUAGAUCAAAAUUUAGUCUAUUAUGCAAAUGGUCAAUUGCAGGUUCCUUGCUACCCCCAUCACCACCCCCAAAAGAUUGGUUCCAUUUUAAGGACUACAGGUUGCACAAUGUACCAUUGCGGUUCAAGUCAUACUGAAGUAAAUUUUGUGAUUCGAAUCUACACUAUUAUAUAGCUUUACACCAGCCUUCGGCAGUCAAUUUCACAUAUCUGAAGAGAACAAUGCAUACAAAAGCCAGAGGACCAGAUUAUUCAGGAACAUCUGUCAAGAAAUGUCCGGUUCCUGAUGAGUUUGUCAAGUGGAGUGUCACAUAUGAUGAUUACAAACCAACUGAAUAUACCAGUGAGAUUGUUUUGGGAAAACCUGUUUGGGCAGAUCCAGAUAUGAGGUAUAAAAAUUGCAAACUUUGCAAUAUCUUACAGUGCACAUGAAUGAAACUGACCAUCCAUGUUCAACAGGGGCGUAGCCAGCCCCAAAUGAGACUAAUCGUCGAAUACACGUAACGACUAGGGGGUCUGCGAAACACUAUUUAAUUCAUGCAUUUUAGACACGUUUUAUGAUAAUCUGAAAGCCAUAGAGUUGACAUAUUGUAAUUGUAUGUUAGAGAUGAGGUUAUGCCCCCCCAUUUUUGGUGUGAGUAAAAAUUUGCCUGGCAUUGGACAAAGUAAAAUAAUAAAGUGGUGUGCAUCAGGUGCAUUCCCACUUAGGGUUAAUAAUUUAAUUAUAUCAAUUUUUUUCUAUAUUUUAGUCAAUGUAAGCCAGAUCCACCAUUUCAGUAUAACAGUAAGGAUGCUCAUUACAAUGUUGACAGAACCAGUUUUACUGGAAAAUAUGAAAUUAUUGACGACAGACCCAGGUGAUGUAACAACUGAUGGAGGAGCAACAACUUUUUAGGGCACGAGAAGUAUUAAUAGUUUGAAAUUUUUUUUCAGGAAUCCUAUUGGGCGUACGGGUAUGACAGGCAGGGGACUUCUUGGAAGAUGGGGGCCAAACCACGCUGCUGAUCCUAUUGUGACAAGGUAGGUUUGAUACAAUCAAUAACUCAGAUUGAUAUGAUCAUUAUAAUCAGUCACUUAAAACUGACAUAGUCAAUGUGUUGCCUAUCAUAUAUUUGCUCGUAGAUGGAAAAUCAAUGGAAAAGGUCAGCGAGUGCAAGAAAAUGGAAAACCACUAUUGGAAUUUGUUGCAAUUAAAAGAAAAGAUAACGGACAAUGGGCUAUUCCAGGGGUAAGAUCAAUAUUCCCGGUUUUCUAGGAGAUAAGAUAGAUCUACCGGUUCAUAUUGUUUACUGUUUAUCUCACAUUUUUGUGAUUCAAGUGUUUGCUCUACAAAAUGUAGGGAAUGGUUGAUCCAGGCGAUACAGUAUCGGCAACAUUGAAGAAGGAAUUUGGAGAAGAAGCUCUCAACUCACUAGAACUUUCAGAAAAAGAACAAGAAAAACUACACAACAUGUUGACAAAACUAUUUCAAAAAGGACAAACGGUAUGUAAUGCCUUUUCAUGUGAUGUUACCCCACAGCUAACCUUGAUCGCUAGGAAACAAUUUGUUCUGGUUUGCAUGUCCACCUUUGGGAAACAUGGCUAGGAAACAAUGUUUCAUGGUUUGUCCACCUUUGGGAAACAUGGCUAGGAGAUAUUAUGUUUCCUGGUUUGUCCACCUUCAAGAAACAUGGCUAGGAAACAAUGUUUCAUGGUUUGCCCACCUUCAAGAAACAUGGCUAGGAAACAAUGUUUCAUGGUUUGUCCACCUUCAAGAAACAUGGCUAGGAAACAAUGUUUCAUGGUUUGUCCACCUUCAAGAAACAUGGCUAGGAAACAAUGUUUCAUGGUUUGCCCACCUUCAAGAAACAUGGCUAGGAAACAAUGUUUCAUGGUUUGCCCACCUUCAAGAAACAUGGCUAGGAGACAAUGUUUCAUGGUUUGUCCACCUUCAAGAAACAUGGCUAGGAGACAAUGUUUCAUGGUUUGUCCACCUUCAAGAAACAUGGCUAGGAAACAAUGUUUCAUGGUUUGUCCACCUUCAAGAAACAUGGCUAGGAAACAAUGUUUCAUGGUUUGUCCACCUUCAAGAAACAUGGCUAGGAAACAAUGUUUCAUGGUUUGUCCACCUUCAAGAAACAUGGCUAGGAAACAAUGUUUCAUGGUUUGUCCACCUUCAAGAAACAUGGCUAGGAGACAAUGUUUCAUGGUUUGUCCACCUUCAAGAAACAUGGCUAGGAGACAAUGUUUCAUGGUUUGUCCACCUUCAAGAAACAUGGCUAGGAAACAAUGUUUCAUGGUUUGUCCACCUUCAAGAAACAUGGCUAGGAAACAAUGUUGCAUGGUUUGUCCACCUUCAAGAAACAUGGCUAGGAAACAAUGUUUCAUGGUUUGUCCACCUUUAGGAAACAUGGCUAGGAAACAAUGUUUCAUGGUUUGUCCACCUUCAAGAAACAUGGCUAGGAAACAAUGUUUCAUGGUUUGCCCACCUUCAAGAAACAUGGCUAGGAAACAAUGUUUCAUGGUUUGUCCACCUUCAAGAAACAUGGCUAGGAAACAAUGUUUCAUGGUUUGUCCACCUUCAAGAAACAUGGCUAGGAAACAAUGUUUCAUGGUUUGCCCACCUUCAAGAAACAUGGCUAGGAAACAAUGUUUCAUGGUUUGUCCACCUUCAAGAAACAUGGCUAGGAAACAAUGUUUCAUGGUUUGUCCACCUUCAAGAAACAUGGCUAGGAGACAAUGUUUCAUGGUUUGCCCACCUUUGGCAAACAUGGCUAGGAACUACCAAAACCACUCCUGGUUUAGGUCUACAAUAUGUAUAAUUAUAUAGUUCCAUUGACUUUUUCUCCAACAUAAAUUUUGUUUUCCCUGCCUAGAUUUGGAGUGGUUAUGUGGAUGAUCCUCGAAACACCGACAACUCGUGGAUGGAGACAGUCGCAGUAAACUAUCACGACGAGUUAGGCGAGGUAUUCAAGAGAUUUCAAUUGAAGGCGGGUGAUGAUGCGGGUGAUGUGAGGUGGACGGAGGUGCGAGAAGAUUUAGAGCUAUAUGCCAGUCAUAAAGACAUACUCGAAAAAACUGCCAGAUUUCAUUUUGCAUUUUGGUGA